UCAAGAAGUGGAAGAAAUAUGUGGGUUUUGACAGCUGGGACAUAUAUGUGAUGGGCAGCCAGAACGUGUUUCCUGGACCAGUGGACAACUCUGGUCUGCUCAGAGAUUGGGACACGCUGGACAUUAAGGAACACCUCAUUGAUGAGCUGGACUAUACCCUGGUUCCCACAGAGGGCUGGAAGAAGCUUGUGAGCUGGUACGGCCUGAAAGAUGGACAGGAGCCUAUUGCUCGAAAGGUGGUAGAAGCGGGCAUGUUUGUGAAACACUGUAAGGUGGAAGUAUACCUCACUGAACUCAUGCUAUGUGAAGACAGCAACAUGGACAACAUUGUCCCUAGGAGGUUCAGCAAAGCAAACACCAUAGGUGGUAGUUAUUGA